AUGUCCCAGAAAGUGUUUGAUUACAGGCUCCUUAGGCGCACUGUCAAAUCCCCCAUUUUCACCACCCUAGCAUUUGUUGCCAUAUUCUUCUUCGUCUAUGCAGACACCAUCGUCUCUAACCUUCCCAUGCCUCCUGCUUUCUUGACCUCAACUCAUGAACAUCAUCUUGAUGAUCACCACACCACCGAGACUGUGAGCAUAACGAAACUUGCCAUCCAAGAAAAGAUUGAUGAGUUUACAAAUGAUGAAUUUCUGGAUCCACUGAUUCCUCCAGACAAUGUCACAAAGGAGGAGAGACUAGUGUGGUUCCGGCGGAAGCUCCCAGAGCUCGAGAUUCUCCAGUCCAAUGAUUUUACGCAGAAAUUUCACGGUCGAGUCCUUGAGUUCCUCAACAAUGGAUGCAGCACUCAAUUCUACAUGAUAUGGCUUUCACCGGCGAAGUCAUUUGGGAAGAGAGAGUUCUUGGCCAUGGACACCCUCUUCAAUUCUCAUCCUAAAGGCUGCUUGAUCAUCAUAUCUAGAUCCAUGGACUCGGAACUGGGAUACAGAAUCCUGAAGCCACUAUUGGAUCGGGAUUUCAAGAUCCUCGCGAUCACGCCAGACUUACCAUUUUUAGUGAAGAACACACCAGCUGAGUCUUGGCUUGAUGAAAUGAAGAGUGGGAGGAGAGACCCGGGUAAUAUUCCAUUGUCUCAAAACCUGUCAAAUCUUAUUAGGCUGGCAAUGCUGUAUAAGUACGGAGGUGUAUACUUGGACACGGACUUUAUAAUUCUGAAAGAUUUCUCUGGUUUGAGGAACGCAGUUGGGGCACAAAGUAUAGAUUCCAAGUCCAAAAAUUGGACUAGACUAAAUGGAGCAGUGAUGAUAUUUGACAUUCAUCAUCCACUUUUGAGGGACUUCUUAGAUGAAUUUGCUUCAACUUAUAAUGGAAACAAAUGGGGUUACAAUGGACCAUAUUUGGUUUCAAGGGUGAUCGAGAAAGUGGGAAGUACACCUGGUUAUAACCUUACGAUUCUGCCUCUUGAGGCAUUUUAUCCGGUGGACUGGAAUAGGAUCGGGAGGCUUUAUACGAAGCCGAAGACGGAUUUGGAGUCGAGAUGGGAGGAAAGGAUGUUGAAUGAGUUGCAUGGAGGGGAGACUUAUGCCAUUCACCUAUGGAAUAAGAGAAGUAGAAUGCUGGCCAUUGAAGAGGGAAGUGUCAUGGCUAGACUAAUCUCAGAGAACUGUGUCAUCUGCCAGGACAUAUAUGCUUCUUAA